UUCGGCUAUCACAGGGGGUGGCGUUCAAACUCCCGUUCGGCUAUUAUAAAGCGGAGGUGAAACGAGAACGAAUUCAACAGUUGAACGCAAUCAAUCGAAUCAACAAAAAGCCAUGCUAUCCGCGCUCAUUUUCACCGUACUCCUCACCUUUGCCUCAGGAGCUCCAAAUGGAGGAACAGGACGAUUGAUAGGUGGCUCUCAAGCAGCUGCAGGUCAAUUCCCGUUCGUCGUUUCCAUUUCUCAAUCGGACCAGCACAUUUGUGGAGGAUUCAUUUACAACGACAGGUGGAUUGUCACAACAGCCAAAUGCGUUGUCGGAAAGGCAAAGGAACUGCUGAAGGUAACUGUUGGUGCCCUGUCAUUGAUCACACCUGAUCCAGAGGAGCAAAAGAUUACCCUUUUGGACAUCGUUGUGUUUUCACAGUACGAAGCAGCGACUCAAAAACACGAUAUUGCUCUUCUCGAGCUCUCCAGGCCGAUUGUGUUCGGUACAACUGCUCAACCGAUCCGUUACGAUGAAAUCGAUGAGUUGGCCCAACCGUGGGACGCAAAAAUCGUCGGAUGGGGAGCAACUUUUGAAGGCGGAGUUCCAGCCACACGUUUGCGAUGGGCCCCAAUCGACGAUCUGGCGGCUGAUUGUCGUGCUUACGGUAUUGACCAGUACAUUCAGAAUUUCAUGAUUUGCGCUGGCUCCACAACAGGAACCGUCUCUCCGUGCCAGUAUGACGAGGGUACACCUCUUACGCAAAUCGCUAAUUACGGAGGAGUCCAGGAAGAGAUCGUUGUGGGCAUCAUGUCAAAGAAUCAAGGCUGUAACGACCUUACCAUUCCAUCCAUUUACACGCGUUUGGCUACCUAUUAUUCGUGGCUGCUGCAGACGGCAGGACAGCAACCGGCCCCCACCCGCACCUACGUCAAAUAGAAUGUCGUGUUUCACUUGCGUUACAUUUCUGAUACAUACGUACAUAAAUCGUCAUCUAAUGCCAGACAUUUUGGGCAAAGAGAAUUAUGGAAACAA